AAGCCACUCCCCCAUAAGCACAACACAAUCCAUCUCAUUUUCUCCUCAUUUCUAAACCCAAAAACAGAAGAAAGAGCAAAAUACAGCCAUCCAUAUAUAUAUUUGCCAUAAAAAAAUGGGUUCCCUUUCCUUUCUAGAAAAACCUCACGCAGUUUGCAUACCGUUCCCAGCUCAGGGCCACGUAAACCCCAUGCUGAAACUCGCCAAGCUCCUCCACUCCAAGGGCUUCCACAUCACCUUCGUCAACACUGAGUUCAACCACAAACGCCUCCUCAAGUCCCGCGGCGCUCACGCCCUCGACGGCCUUCCCUCGUUCCGAUUCGAGGCCAUCCCAGACGGCCUCCCUCCCACCGACGCCGAUGCCACGCAGUCCAUUCCGGCUAUCUGCGAAUCCACGCCCAAGCACAGCUUGGCUCCCUUCAGAGACCUCCUUCUUAAGCUUAACUCCUCGCCGGAAGUGCCUCCGGUGAGCUGCGUCGUCUCCGACGGCGCCAUGAGCUUCACUCUCGACGCCGCCGAGGAGCUCGGCAUCCCGGAGGUUCUUUUCUGGACGACAAGUGCUUGUGGCUUCUUGGGAUACCUCCAUUACAGAGCACUCGUGGAAAAGGGUUAUACGCCUCUUAAAGAUGAGAGUUACCUUACCAACGAGUAUCUGAACACCGUGAUAGACUGGAUUCCAGGCAUGAAAGACAUUCGUCUCAAGGACAUCCCAACCUUCAUCAGAACAACCGACCCAAACGACAUCAUGGUCAACUUCGUCAUCACCGAAGCCGAGAGGGCUCAAAAAGCUUCAGCGAUAAUCUUAAACACCUUCUACGACCUAGAACGCGACGCCGUAAACGCGAUGUCGUCGAUCUCAAAACCACCGGUCUACACCCUCGGCUCCCUUCAGCUCCUCCUCAACCAAUUCCCCAUAACGGAACACUUGAAAUCCCUCGAAUCAAACUUAUGGAAAGAAGACCACAAAUGCCUGGAGUGGCUGGACUCGAAGGAACCGAACUCCGUCGUUUAUGUCAACUUCGGAAGCAUAACGGUCAUGACAUCGGAGCAGCUGGUGGAGUUCGCAUGGGGGCUGGCGAACAGCAAGAAGGAGUUUCUUUGGGUCCUAAGGCCUGAUCUCGUCGCCGGGGAGAGUGCGGUUCUGCCGCCGGAGUUCUCCGAGGAGACGAGCGAGAGAGGGUUCUUGACGAGCUGGUGUCCGCAGGAGAAAGUUCUGGGCCAUCCGGCGGUGGGAGGGUUCUUGACGCACUGCGGCUGGAACUCGACGAUCGAGAGUAUAUGCAGCGGAGUUCCGAUGCUGUGCUGGCCGUUCUUUGCGGAGCAGCAGACGAACUGUUGGUACAGUUGCGGAGAGUGGGGGAUAGGGAUGGAGAUAGAUGGUGAUGCGAAGAGGGAGGAGAUAGAGAGGAUUGUGAGGGAGUUGAUGGAUGGAGAGAAAGGGAGAGAGAUGAAGAGGAGAGUGGAGAAGUGGAAGAGAUUGGCGGAGGAGGCCGCAAGUAGCAGUAGUGGCGGUAGUGGCGCCGGUGGUGCUGUUGGCGGCUCGUCUUUCUCCAAUUUUGGAAAGUUAGUUGAAGGGCAUUUAAUGCUGUCGUCAUCACCCGCCUAGAACAAUACUGUGGACAAUUAAUGGCGUGUAGAGUGUCUUAACUCCGUAGAACAAUACUGUGGACCAAAAUGGCGUAGAAACGUGUUAAUAACGAGUGAGACUUAUGACACGACAUUUAGUGAAUGUUUAGUUUGUUGAUUUAAAAUUUUAAUUUGAGUUAA